UCAACCCAAGCAUUUUUACAAAGAUUUCGCCAUCAAUCGCGAUCCCAGGAAGGGAAAGAAAGCAGACGGAAUGCAUCUCCCUCCACAUCUCCGACACCCUCGAGAGCCCAAGCCUGUGGAUACAUCCCUCCUCUCCAUGCUCGGCUCUGAUCUGCAGUCAAGCCCCUACCAAGCUUCCAUCCUGCGCGACAGAUCCCCACGAACCGCUGCUCAAGAUGACUCGGUCGUUGAAGUGGCUCGUGCCUCGCUUGGCGGAUGGGGCCUUGGCACCAGCACAACAACCACCAAUAGGCCCUCUCGGCCCUCCGACCUCGACCUUUCCGGCUUCAUAUCCAAUCCGGCAGAUCCACCUUCAAAGGAAGACAUUGACGCCCUCGAGCCGUCUGAAUCUUUCUGUCGCUCGGUCAUCGACGCAAGGGCUGCAAAAGCUUCCGAUGAAGCCGUUCGUGAGAUCAUUGAAGAUCUCUGUCUCGAGUACGCGUGCAACGACAUCAAGCGACACGUCAAAGACAGUCAAUUCCUCACCACGCCAGCACAAGAAAGUCGCAUGAUCAAGGAACGCCAGGCUGAGCUCAUUCGAUACGCUGUCGAGAAACUUCCUCUUGCCCGACAAAGGGCACAGAAGGCCAUGGAGCCUGAGCGCAGCUCGCUUACAGCCACUGAAGCUGCUGAUCAAAUGCAUCACAGAAUCGCUAUGGAGGCUAUCACCAUGGCUAUGCACAAGUAUGCUGCGAUCAACGAUGAAGACAUCCAUUUCCAAGAGUCAACAAUGUUGCAGGACUCUAGACUCUUCAACGACUCGACCAUGUUUGAAGGUAAUGAGUCUACGGCGUUUGGAAAUUCCACCAUCAUUGAAGGAUCUUCCAUGAUGCCGGCCUCAUUCCUCGAAGAUACUGUCGACGGCCCUUCAGCAUUCGACCAAGCUACAACGCAUGAAGAAUCUACCAUUAUUGGUGGUGUUUCAAAGCUGUCGGCCCCCGCUGUCGAAGAACAUUCCGACCACCUCUCUGAACUCAUCGAGGAAGCUACGGCGCGUGAUACAUCCACUUUUGUGAAUGAAUCCUCCAUGAUGCCGGCCUCCGAUUUCGAUGCAUAUGAGCAUGACAGCACUGCCGAAGAUAGCACGUUUGGUCCGUCAGACGACUUCCUUGCAAAUGAGUCUUCCUUCGUACAUGGCCCCGAGCCUGAAAAUGUCAACUCCGACGACAUUGAUCAGACGAACGUCAGCUCCUUUGAACAUCUUCCCCGCACCUUUCGUCACACUUUACCUCAGAUAUCAGACGACCCCGACUCCAAUGACGACUCCGAUGAGAACGAUGAUGAUCAUCAUCAUGAUGAGAAGAACCAGGUUACAAUCAUUUCAGACUCUGACGACUCCAGUUCAGUCAAUGGAGCUGGUUCAGAGGCCGAGUCCCAGUCAGAAGGCGAAUCGGAAGAAGGAAGUGAAGAGAGUGCUCAAUACUCCGACCAAGAAUCAGAUACAGCAUCAGACGGUCUUGAGCCACCAUCAGACCAAGUCAUCAUUGACAUUCCUCCAAGUCUUACCGCAGUCAUAGACGCCGCAGUCUCCAAUGGUGUAAGCUCUGUGACAACCCGCACCGCCAACUUCACGGAUGCAGCUCUUGCUCGCAUUGUGCCGAACCUGUUUCCUGCCAGAGGAGCAGCAGGUGGGUCGUCAGCCUGGCUAAAUGACGACAGCAUUGACGACUUCCUCGCCCUACUCGUCAAGCACUCGAACGAAAAGCAGGGCUUCAACCCCGACGACCGCGCUGCCACCAGUGUGCCACCCCUCGUCGCCUUCUCGUCCAAGUGGCACGAGGUUAUCAAGGCAAAGGGCUACACUGGUGUGCAGCGCUGGUCUCGUCGGGCAAAGGUGUCCGAAAAGCGCCUUUUAAAGGCAAAGAUGGUGUUCUUCCCCAUCAACCAAGGCGGUUCCCACUGGACCCUCCUAGUCAUCAACGUGUCCGAAAGGACCAUUGAGUUCUUGGACUCGUUGGGGGGUACCGGUGGAGCCGUCUUGGGGAUGGCGAGGAAGUGGUUGGAGGGGGAGUUGGGGGAGGAGUACGCCGCCGCCGACUGGGCGGACGUCACCCUUCGCAGUGGUCAGCAGCACAACUCCAGUGACUGCGGCGUGUUCACCUGCAUGAACGCGCUGGCCAUUGCCAGGGGGGACGUUCCCCGGGAGGUGGUGGUAGGCUCGAGGAUGGGGGCUGCCAGGCAGCAGCUCGCCGCAACCUUGUUGGUGGGCUCCUUCAGUGGAGUCCUGGCGUGGUGAUUCAGUCCGUUUGUAUGGACUCACCUUCAAGGUUGUGGCAGCUGCUGGCCUGUUGUAUUUUUAUGUAUUGCAUAGCGUGGUGUUGGGGCCUGCCCCGGGAUGGGGCAGGCGGAACGGUUACAUAGAUACCCGAGGGCCCGGAAUGGCCAUAAACUACCACCGCGACCGGCGAGUUGCGUUUUAAU